UCAAGAUUCGUCCCACCGGUAAAGCACCUCCUGGAAAUAGAAACAAUAGCAAUGGGUAGAGGCGUCAUCAUUUUUUGUGUGAAGAAUUUUGCGGUUUGGCUCCUUAUUAUUACUUCUGCAGUUUCCAUCCAAGCGUGGAUCCCAUUGCCGCUCUCCGCAACUGUCAAAGCUCGUAUCGACUCAACAACGCUUUUUUUCAGUCGAUACAAGACGCCUUUGUACCACGGCGGGAAUGAAGAGUCUUACGGACCACCAGCACCCGCUGUCGAUUCCCGAUACUACACAUACGUGGAGGCGCCGGUGCAAAGUUCUCGCUCUCGAGACACGAAGCAGCCCAUUACGUUGAGCCGGUUUUUGAGUGACGCAGUCAAGGAAAAUGCCGAGCUCCGUGAUCUAGAAAGUCUUUUUAUGGGCAUACAAAUGGCUUGCAAGACGAUCGCGAGUCUUGUUAACCGCGCUGGUCUCGUUUACUCCAUUACCGAAGAUAUACGUGACGAUAUUACUGAUGGACGAUUCUACAGUAUGAAACGAUUGGACCAUUUAAGUACAGUGGUGCUGAAGAACGCUCUCAAGUACACGGGCAAAUGUGAAGUGCUGGCACCCAAAUCUCGUUUGGACAACGAAUCACCUGCUCAACACCAACCGGGUGUCCUAAUUGCUAAAAGUAUGGACAGCAAUUAUGUGGCCUGCCUCGAUCCGCUGGAUGGAAGUGGUAAUGCCGACGCAAGCAUUUGUACCGGAACAGUAUUUGGUGUUUUUGAAAAGGAAACUUCCACCGGAAUAAGUCUUUGGAAAAAGUCUAGAGAGGAUCGUGAUCGUGAAUUGGUGGAUUCAGUGCUGCAGCCAGGCAAGAACAUGCGGGCAGCGGGAUAUUGUCUUUAUUCAUCCGCCACCGUUUUAGUUUUUACAUUGGGAGAAUCAGUGCAAGGCUUCACAUUGGAUCCACAAAUGCAAGAGUUCGUUCUCACUCACCCCGAUCUAACAAUUCCGAAGAGAGGAAGCGUCUACAGCUGCAACGAAGCCAACAGCGAGGGAUGGGAUGAUGCCUACAAUAGCUAUCUAAGAAACCUCAAGACUGGAAAAGGAGAAACUGGGAAACGAUACGCUCAUCGCUACGUCGGGUCGAUGGUAGGAGACAUUCAUCGUACGCUCCUUUACGGUGGAAUUUUCGCGUAUCCCGCUGACAGGCUAGAGCAUCCGGAUGGAAAUCUCCAACUGCUUUACAAAGCCGCACCAAUGGCAUAUAUUGUGCAUACCGCCGGGGGGAAAGCAAUCGACGGUAGAAGCGGCUCUCUCCUAGAAGUGCGACCUGAUAGGGUGCACCAAAAGUCUCCUUGUUUCAUUGGUAGCUACGAUGAUGUCUCGGAAUGGGAAAGCUAUCUCAGCGACAAUGAAGGCAUUUAUUAUAAGAAAGGCAGAGACUAG